AUGAGAGCGAACCCAGAAAGUAUUUUGCUUUUAUUUCUGGUUUUAAAAAUCUCACACCCGGGCGAUUGCUCGAUUAACGAGUUACUGUUUCGCAAAGUCGCUAAGCGAUACUUGGCAAAUCAUGUCAUUGAUACAAAAUUAGCGGGAAGCGAACACGAAUGUGGUUUGUAUUGCGUCAGGGAUGGUUCAUGCACAUCUGCAAAUUACAAAACGUCUGGAACUGGUAAAGGUCGAUGUGAACUCAACGAUAAGACGCUUCAAGAGACUUCUGAAAAUGAUAAAAAAACAAAUCCUGAAUUCAACCAUCUUUAUCUCGUCAUGCCAAGAAUGGAGGUUCAUCCAAGUGAACCAACAUGCUGGAAUGCGAACUGGUGGAGCAGUUUCGACAAGGCGGGCCUGUCAAAGUGUAGCGAGGAAAAUCAUUUUAUCGCAGGGUUCUACCGAAAUUCUCCCAAUGUUGCCAAUUCAGACCCAAUCUACUUACUUGAAUCCGCAAAGUGUUGUGUUCCAAAUGAAGCGUUCAGCGCUCAGAGUAGCGUGUGUAAGACAGCAAGUUGGUGGACAUCUUUCGAUAGAAACGACAAUUGGAACUUGUGCCCCGUCGGCUACUUUUUGAACGGAUUAGGACGCAGUGUUGCUCAUUAUUUAUAUAACAUCGAAUAUGGCCAUUGCUGCAAACCCAACAAUCAUCCUGACCACUACGGACCAUGCUAUGAUGAAGAUGUUGGAACAUCGUUCGACAAAAAAGGUUGGUCAAUCUGUUCCAAAGCUGGAUUUUACAUCGUUGGGCUGUAUCGUGGUUCCGGAGGCAAUUGGCUGAACAAUAUCGAAAAAUUUCGAUGUUGUAAAAUGAUUGAAUAAUCAUUGGCGUUAAAACCAGAGUAAUAUAGGUAUUAUUUGGAAAUAUAUACCUAUAUCGCGACAGCUAGUCUAUGAACAUAGACAGAUACUAAA